CGCGGCGCGGGACGACAUGGCGGGAAGUUCCAGCAGCAAAUGGAGCAGAACUCCAGUCCAGAGUCUCCCCAUCCACCCCAGAAUACUCUCUGCAUUGAGAAAAGGAGGUAUACUUCACGUGUCUUCCGUGCUGGAGGAGAGCUGCAGUGGGCUGGGGAGGAGGACAGGACUUAGUGAGGCAGAGGUGAAGGGUCUGGUGAGUGAGGUAGCGAGAGCAGUCCUUGCUGGCUCUCCCUCACCCUCCACUGCCCUCUCUCUCUAUCUCACUGGGCAGUCCCAGCACUGCUGGGGCAGACUGAGUGUUGGUUGUGGGCUACUGGACUCAAGUCUGAGAGGAGGUCUGCUGGUGUCGGGACUCACAGAGAUAGCCGGGAUCAGUGCAGCAGGCAAGACACAGCUCUGUCUCCAGCUCUGUCUCACCGCUCAACUACCCAGGACUCAUGGGGGACUCUCAUCAGGAGCUGUGUACAUCUGUACCCAGGAUGUGUUCCCUACAAAGAGACUGCGGCAGUUGACACAAUACUUCAGUCAGAGGCACACACACUCUCAUCCCUCGCUCACCGCACAACAUCUCUCAGAUAACAUCUUUGUGGAACACGUGGCAACGAUAUCGUCCCUGACGGCGCAGUUGGAGUACAAGCUGCCGGCUCUGCUGAGCACAGGAAGAGUGGGUGUGGUCAUCAUAGACUCUAUUGCAGCUCUAUUCCGGGCAGAGUAUGGGGCGGGGCAGGCGGCCCAGCGAGCCGCAGUCCUCCAGACCUGCGGGGCUCGACUGCACCAUCUCUCUGCCAGCUACGGAGUGGCAGUCGUCUGUGUGAAUCAGGUGACGGCAGUGAUGGAGGAGAGAGGAGGGGGUGUGGCUCCUGCCCUGGGACUGGCGUGGGCCAGUCUAGUCACCUCCAGGAUCACUCUCUCCAGAGACGAGACUGUCCACUCUAAUCUCGACUGCUGCAAGGUUCCUACAGCUGUGAAAAGGGAGUUAGAAGUUGUGUUUGCACCCCACCUCCCACCGGUGUCAGUAGACUAUUAUGUAACCAGUGCUGGCAUCCAUGGCAACCAAAACAUGGCCAACUGUUGCCCGGCGACCUAACUAUGACCGACAAACACCAUGGCCAAUGUCACUUUAAUAUCCAGUAUAGUGUCUCCUGAUUCAGUAUCCAUGUUUUCAGUACCAAUGCAUACUUACUGAGUGCUCUUACUGUAUGUAUAUACCUGCUACAUAGAUGUGUGCUGAUGAUGUGGGCACAAUGUGUGGUGUAGUUUUUGAAUGGCUUAUC